UGGAGCCGAAGUGGGUAGUUGUCAGCCGUUGACGAAGCGAGCCUUUUCCACGCGCUCACCACGCUCACCAUCAUCAUCAUCUUCAAACGAUUUAGGAUCAACACAAAUACCUGUGACUUUCUUCAUCAAUCCGCGAAAACCCAGUUUCCAUUUUCCCGAGAAAUUCAUACCCAUUCCGACAAAAUGCACGAUUUCUGCUUCACGAUCCCGUACGGGAUGCUCCUCGUCGGCGGAGGUGUUUUCGGGUACUUGAGGAGAGGGAGCACCGUAUCUCUCGCCGGAGGUGUUGGAACCGGAUUCUUGCUCAUCCUCGCUGGGUAUCUCAGCCUCAAGGCCUUCGAGAAGAAGAAGAAUUCGGCUCUCGCCCUGAUUAUCGAGACAGUAUGUGCUGCCGCUCUUACUUUAAUCAUGGGACAACGUUUCAUGCUAACUCAAAAGAUUAUGCCGGCUGCCGUGGUUGCUGGGAUCAGUGCUCUCAUGACCGGGUUUUACGUUUACAAAAUUGCGACUGGCGGCAAUCACAUUCCAUCGAAAGCUGAAUAAUGGGUUCUUUACUCGGGUUUCUGUGGAUGUAUACGACAAGUCUUUGUUGAUGGGAUGGUUAUAUGAUACUUUCUUGAUUUUUUUUAUCAGAAAUCUUCAAUGUGUAGACAAUACUGUUGUGGUUAUGCUUUGAAACAAGUGCUUGAUUUUGCGUUUCUGAGAA